AUCGUCUCGCAGGAUAUGCGUCAUCGGGUGGCGACGGGUUUACGGGCUGUCGUGCUUCCCAUAUCCGCCAUCAUGAAAGCCGCGGAGUUGGUGGAAGAGCAAAAGGCGCCGAUGGAUGAAGAGACGCAGGAAGAGGCAGAGCUGAACGCAGAGGCGGCGGAGGAUCAGGAGGAGUCCGAGGAAGCGGCCUGCGACAGCAGCAAGAAGAAGAAGAAGGUAGUGCCGGGUAUUGUGUACCUGGGACACGUCCCGCCGCGAUUCCGUCCCCUGCACGUACGCAAUCUGCUCAGCGCCUACGGUGAGGUCGGACGCGUUUUCUUCCAGGCCGAGGACCGCUUUGUGAGACGCAAAAAGAAGGCAGCUGCAGCCGCAGGAGGAAAGAAGGCAGCUAAAUACAGCAAGGACUAUACAGAAGGCUGGGUGGAAUUCCGUGACAAGCGCAUAGCCAAGCGAGUGGCAGCCAGUCUACAUAACACGCCCAUCGGUGCCCGAAGGCGCAGUCCCUUCCGUUAUGACCUGUGGAACCUUAAGUAUUUACAUCGUUUUACUUGGUCCCACCUCAGCGAACACCUUGCCUUUGAGCGCCAGGUACGCAGGCAACGCCUAAGGGCAGAGGUUGCCCAAGCAAAGCGAGAGACUGACUUCUAUCUUCAAAGUGUAGAACGGGGACAACGCUUCCUUGCCGCUGAGGGGGAUGCUACUCGCCCGAAUAGUUCCUGGACAUUUGCACAACGUCCCACAGAGCAGGAGCUGAGGGCCCGGAAGGCCGCACGGCCAGGAGGGCGGGAACGAGCUCGCCUGGCUAAUGCCCAGGACCAGGCCAGAUCCAACAGAGGGCUCCUUGCCAGGAUAUUUGGAGCCCCUCCACCUGCAGAGAGCAAGAAAGAACCAUAGCCAGCAAGGGACUCCUGGUAGAAAGAGAAGCCUCUUCCGGUCUGCCUCCCACAGACUGUCCAGACAGAUGUUUUUUCUAUUCUGCAGACCAAGAGUCUGGUAAAAGACUUUUUUUGUUGGCCUCUUUUACCCACCGUGACCGAAUCCUGUAAGUUUCCAGCUGAGAACUUAGGCUUGCUAUCCAAGAUGAUUACUUCUGGUUGCUUGCCUCUUUCUCAAUGUGCCCCUAACAAUUUCUGGCUCCUGGAGUGGAUUUUCCUUCCAUUAGAGCAGCAGUGACAUACCAGUGUGGUCUAUGAUGUUCAUCCACUGUGGUGGGGCAGAAUUAACAGGAAUUGGGUUAGUGGCCCAAUUUGAAGUUUUUGUUUGAAAAUAAAAAAAAAAAAUAUUCUUGUAUGCUUUUUAGUUUUUAGGUGGGAAUUAUUGAAUGGGUUUCAAUUUCUUUUGAAGCCAAACAUGCUACUCAGUUACUCUAGCACAGGCAUGAUCCCAGUGCACCCCUGACUCUCAGUUAUUCUAGCAGAUAUGAGCCCAGUGCUCCUCACCUUCAAGUUCAGGCUAGUCUUGAGUCAUUCUGUAAGUUGCUCAGGUAAGCCCUGAACUUGAAAUCCUAUUUCAGCCUCCCAAAUAACUGGGAUUAUAGGUCUGUGUCAACAAACCUAGCUUCAAUGUUCUUAAAUAAGUAAAAUAAUUUUUUCUUUGUUCAAUAAAUAUCUUGAAAAGAUGUUUACAAGCUGUCAUGAACCCUAUUUUUAAAAAUGUUUCAAUACUCAUUUUGGUUCAUGUCUUAUGUACAAAAAUUGCCUAUGUGGUAAGAAAGACAUUUACUACUAGAUCUAGGGGAAAAAUUACUGCCGAUGUAUGAACCCUUCAUGGAUCUAGUCCACCUGCCUUUCCAGCAGGUGUUCUUAUCUCAGUCCAGCCUGCACUGUGGUUCUAUCACAUGGGCUACCUUCCUCAGCCCCUUCUGAAACUUCUCUUCCAACCCUCGUUCCCUCCCCUACAAGCUCAGGUGCAUUCAUUCUUCUUUGAAAUCAAGUCAAAUAGGGUAUCAGCUGGCUUCCCCACCUAAAGUGGGUGCUCUGUUUCUGUGGGGCUGGAGCAGUGUCAGAUUUCUGGGGUAGCAUUUCUCCUGUUUUACAGUUAUUGUUGAUAUUUGCUUUCCUGGUGUUACCAGGAAUGAAGAACAAACUUUAUCUUUAACUCCUUAUGGUUUCAGUUUGUUUGACAAUAAAUAUUCACUAACUCUCUGAGUUAUUUGAAGAGAGAUUUUAUAAAAAUCCUAAGUAAUAUGUUCUGCACUUUACCCAUGAUGUUUUCUUUGAUAACCAAUUCGGGAACUAUCAUCUACUUGUGACAGUGAUCACAAGUGGCAGAAAGUUCUUUGUCUAAAGAGUCACAUAGCUAAUAAAAAAGGAGAGUUACAUCUCCAUCAGGGUCUCUGUUUAAACCUAUUCUUUCCACAUUAAGCCUCUUCUACAGCAACAGUGGUAAGAACAGUGAAAGUUAAUGGAACACAGUAAUCUGGUUCUGCUGUGUGACUAGAGCAUAGUAAUGAAACAUUGACAAAACCAAGUGUUAGCUGGGCUUUGUGUAAGCCUUUAAUCUCAGUACUUGGGAGACAAAGACAGGCAGAUCUCUGAGUUUAAGGCCAACCUAGUCUACAUGGUAAGUUCCAGGACAGCCAGGCCACAUUGUCUCAAAAACAAGAAAGAAAGAACCAAGUGUUACUGGAGAUGCUUCAAAAAUAACACUGGAAAGCAAUGAGCAUUUUCUAUUUUGUAGAUAAAUUUCUGAUUUCCAAGGUUGGGUAUUUAGGGUUCCUACCCUGUCCUGUGGUGGAAAGUGGAGCCUGCUACCUCAACUGUCUUAAAAACUGCACUUGUAAGGCAGUGUGGAGUCAUGUGCGGUUAAGGUCACUGUGCCCAUAUUUUCUGAAUCUCAGCUGGCAAUACAGGAUGUGGACUAGCUUGCUUCUAUGACGGUUUUCCCUGGAAAUUAGUUAUAACCUGAUGUGGGAUAAAUGUAAGGAACAGUGCUUUUGUUUUUUAAAUUGGUCUUUUUAAAAAUAAAUUAUUUUUAUUUUA